AUGACCACUCUGAUUCCCCGUGAGCCCUAUACUCAGGAGGAGCUUGCACGGCUCUAUCCUCAAGGGCUACAGCUGCAGCUAGUCCAAGUGUUCCUUCGCCAUGGCGAACGCACACCCGUCUCCUCACGAUUCACAAAUGUAUACAGGUCUAAAUCCAUGUAUGCCAACCCCCCCAAGACCGAUACCGGCGGAGCAGAUGCUAAUUCAACGCAAGACUGGCCCUAUUGCGGUGUCGCAAGGCGCAUGGUGCAGAUGGCCUCCAGCAGCAAUGACCUUUCCGCCUGGAACGGGUUCCAAUGGCAACGGAAGAUGGAGUCAUUCGGCGCCAAUGACAAAGCAACCAUUGCCCGUGGCCCUGGCAGUGAAGCCGAAGCUAUGUGCUUGCAUGGCGAGCUCACAGAUAAGGGCCGUGAGACAACGUAUGCGCUUGGACAGCGGUUGCGCCGUCUGUACGUUGAUCAGCUUGGCUUCAUGCCCGAGAUCAAGUCAGAUUCCGAGGAUAUGUACCUGCGUGCGACGCCGAUCCCUCGUGCCCUCGAGUCGCUCCAGGAAGCGUUUUGGGGCAUGUACCCAGCCAGCGCGCGGACGCUUGAUUUCCCACCGCCUGUGAUUGUGGCUCGUCAGGUCAACGAGGAGACUUUGUUUCCCAAUGAGGGAAAUUGUAAACGGUUCCGACAGCUUGCUCGGCUAUUUGCUGACCGUGCUGCUACACGAUGGAAUGAUACUGAGCAGAUGGCUUAUCUGAACAGUCUUUGGUCAAAGUACAUGCCCGAGGAGUCACCUAAGGUUGCCGUUGAUGCCCACCCCCGCCUCUCUGGUAUCAUGGACACCAUCAAUGCAACUGAUGCCCAUGGACCUGCCACUAAACUUCCGGCUGAGUUCUAUGACAAGAAGGGGCGUGCCGUUCUUGACCGCAUCUCGGUUGAAGAAUGGUUCGCUGGUUACGGUGAGAGCAGCGAGUAUCGCAAGCUUGGCAUUGGAGCUCUAAUGGGUGAUGUGGUUGACCGCAUGGUCAGCACCGCCGUGGAGGGUGGCUGGCGCAGCGACAAUGCUGCAUCUGGUUCAGGAAACCCUGAAACUAGCAAGGCGAUCAAGUUCGCCAUGAGCGGCUGCCACGACACCACGCUAGCAGCGAUGCUGUCUAGCGUGGGUGGUUUCCAGGACGAGUCAUGGCCUCCAUUUACUUCGUCCGUGGCCGUUGAGCUAUUCUCGCAGGCCUCUCGCCCCUCGUCUCCUGCUGGAACCAUGCUCGAGGAAUUCUCUAACCCAUCUGUCGCUGCCAAGAAGCCUGGUGUUCUUUCCAAACUCUUUGGUAAGUCCGCACCGAGCCAACCCACCUCCGAGACUGCGCGCGCCCCUCUCUCGUCUUUCCCUGAAGGCUCUCGCGAGUCUCUCCACAAGCACUACGUUCGUAUUCGCUACAAUGACCGCCCCGUUACCAUCCCAGGUUGUGCUGCUAAGCCUGAAAACCAUCUGCCUGGCGAUGAGACAUUCUGCACCUUGGACGCUUUCAAGAGCAUUGUUGAUAAGUUCACCCCGCGUGACUGGCAAAUCGAGUGCACGCAAAACAUGGGUGCCGGCCUCCACGGCCCAGCUGAUAGUGCCAAGUCUGCCGCCGGCUUCUAG